AUGAAUGAAUGCAUGCUCGCGACGAAACAACUCUCCGCCCCUUAUAACAGCAGAGAGCGCAACUCCUCCAGCAGCAGUCACGGCGACUACUCAUCCUUCAGCCAGGCGAUGCGGUCACCGCCCACCCUGCAGCCGUCCAUCCAACCACCCCAACCGCCGUCCUACCAGGGAUCCUCCUCCAUACUGCCGCGCCCGAUGCCAAACGGCAUCAUGCCGGGGGCGACCGCGACGACCGCGACGCUCAUGGCCGUGCCGACAACAAGUCCGCGCGCCAAGCCCGUGCAGGAAACCGCCGAGAUAUCCAAGCCGCCGCCUAAGAAGCGCGGACGUCCGUCCAGAGCAGACCGGGCCAAGAAAGAACUGCGACCCCUGCUGCCGCAGCAUCUGAUGCCGCGGCCGCCACCCAUGGACUACCACUCGCAACAGCAGCACCAGCAUCAGCACCAAAGCAUAUACCAGUCUGGGAUGUACUACCCCCCGCCUCCUUUGACGCCGGCCCUGGCGAUGCAGGACGCUCGUCCCACCACCCAUCAUAGACUGUCGCCGGAGCCGGGCAGAUCGACCAAGAAGCAGCGGAGAGGCAGCACGCCCGACAGGCUGCCCCCGGUGGGCGACAUCAUCGGAACUCCCAAGUCUAGAGAGGAGGAUUGA